AUUAGAGUCAAGUCAAUUAACGGACAAUUGGAUGAAAAGUUAACGGUUUGGCUAUUGUUCAGUUUUUCAAAAAGUUUGGCUAUUAUUUUGUUUAAAAUAAAAUGAUUGGUUAUUAAAUUGUAUUUACCCAAGAAAAAAUCAAUCAUACAUUUUUAUGUAUAACAUGUUUCUUAGUAUUUCUAUAACUAUGGUCGGGUUGGGUGACUUAAUUUAGUGUAUUAAUGCAAAAGAAAGAAAAAAAUUGAUAAUUUAUUAUUGUUAUAGCACAAGACGUUAUUUGAGAUUAAAAAAAAAAUCACAGGAACUAGAACUUAACCAAGUUUCUAAACGUCAUGCUCAAAACAUAUGAGUAAAGUAAGAAGAAAACACUAAUUAUACAUUUUUAUGUGUAACAUGUUGCUUAGUAUUUAUAUAACUAAAUGGUCAGGUGGUGGUGGGGGGUCGGACUUCAUUAAUGUAUUAUUGCAAAAGAAAGAAAAAAGAAAAAAUGAUAAUUUAUUAUUGUUAAUUUGUUAUGACACAGGAUGUUAUUUGAGAUUAAAAAAAUCAACCGAGUUAGAAUUUAACCAAGUGUCUAAACGUUAUGUUCAAAACAUAUGAGUAAAGUAAAUUGAAAAAAACUAUGGACUUGACUAGUGUAUUAUUUCAAAAGAAACAAAAAUAAAAAGUUGAUAAAUUAUUAUUGUUAUGACACAAGAUAUAAUUUGAGAUUAAAAAAAAUACAAGAACUAGAAUUUGACAAAGUUUCUAAAUGUUAUGUUCAAAACAUAUGAGUAUUUUUUUUUUGACAAAUACAGAACAUAUGAGUAAAUUCAGAAGAAAUAGCUAAUCAUACAUUUUUAUAUCUAAGGAGUCGAGGGCUCAUCUACCUCCAUCCAUCUACCAUAGGUUUGGAAAGGAAAUUUGAAAUUAUAAGUGGGCUAGCGAGGUUGGUAAUGAGUGAUCACAAGGCGAGAGGGAAAAAAUGAAUAAGUUAUGUGUGACUUUGCCGAUGUUAAAUUACAAGGUAUUAGUGAGAUUUACAAAAAUGUCCAAGAUAGAUGACACUCUCAAUGAAAAAAAGUUGUUUAAUGUUGUGGGGAUCUUAUCCUACAUUGAAGGUGUGUGUGGCCAUAAUGAGCUUAAUAUUUAAGAUUCUUAUUGAUAUUCCUAACUAUUUGUUAGAUCUAUUUAAUUGAUUUAUUUGUUUUCUAUGAAAGGCCAUAAUGAGCUUAAUAUUUAAGAUUCUUAUUGAUAUUCCUAACUGAGAAAUUUUACAAUGUUAUAUAGUAUUGGUGCUAUAGGUUUUUGUCUUUAUGGUACAAUUUAAAAUUGUACAUUUACGUUAUGGUACAACCUCAGAUUGUACCUAUACUUUUUGUACAAAUUCUUUUAUGGUACAACUUAAACUUGUAUCUUUAUGUAAUGGUACAAUUUCAAGUUGUAAAGUUGUACCAUAACAUAAUGGUACAAAUUACUUUAUGGUACAACCUAAACUUAUACAUUUAAUGUUAUGGUACAACUUUGAGUUGUACAUUAAAGCACCAAUACUAUAUAGCAUAGUAGAAGUGCUCAUUCCUAACUAUUUGUUAGAUCGAUCUUGAGAAGGCUUAUGACAGGCUUCGAUGGGAUUUCCUGCGGGAUACCCUAAAGGAGAUUGGUCUCCCCAACGCUUGGAUAAAUUGCAUCAUGUUCUGUGUAGAGAACAAUAAAAUGCAUCUCCUAUGGAAUGGCGAGCUGUCUGCCCCGAUUACUCCCACCCGUGGAGUCCGUCAGGGAGACCCCCUUUCACCCUAUCUUUUUGUUCUUUGCAUGGAAAGACUUUCUCAUAGGAUUGAUCAAGCUAUUCAAGAUAAGCUAUGGAAGCCUUUGAGACUGUCCAAAGAGGGUCCCAUGCUAUCUCACCUUUUUUUUGCCGAUGACCUUAUUCUUUUUGCAGAGGCUGAGAGCGCGCAGAUUCGGAUUGUCAAGCAGUGUCUUGAUGAGUUCUGCCAUAGCUCGGGGAAAAGAGUUAACUACAGCAAGUCGAUGAUGUUUGUGUCUGCAAAUAUCGAGAGACGUAGUGCCAGAAGACUCGCCCAUCGGGCCGGGAUCCCCCUUACAGUUGACCUCGGGCGGUAUCUAGGGGUGAAGGCGAUUCACAGCAGAGUUACCAAAGCUAGAUAUCAAGAUCUCAUGCUCCGGAUUCAGAGAAAGCUUGCCCCAUGGAAAAUCAAGCACCUUUCUUUAGCUGCCCGGAUCACUGUGGUUAAGUCAAUCUCUACUUCUAUCUCCAUUUAUCCUAUGCAGACGGAGUUGCUUCCCAUGAGUGUGUGCAGGUCUCUGGAUAGGAUUAACCGAAGCUUCAUUUGGGGAGAUACGGAGGACAAGAAGAAGCUCCACCUGGUGGGUUGGCCUCAGCUUCUGAAGCCAAAGAAGAAUGGGGGGUUGGGCAUCCGAUCGACGAGACAGGUGAAUCUAGCGAUGCUUGCCAAAGGUGGGUGGCGCAUCGUCAAGGAGAAGGAAGCCAUGUGGGUCCAAUUAGUAGAGUCGAAGUAUGGAAGAGGCUGCAGUAACACAGAGCUUCUGAUACAUGUUCAGGGAAGUUCCUUUACGUGGUCUAGUUUCACUAAAGCUUCUCACCUUAUUAAAGAAGGGUGUGCUUGGAAUAUUCAUAAAGGAAAUCGCACUAAAUUUUGGUCUGAUAUCUGGAUGGCACAGGUACCCCUUCAAGAUCAAGCUGUGAGUCAGAUCCCAGCGGAGGAGAGAGAUGCUAUGGUGGCCGACUAUGUCGAUGAAGAAGGGAACUGGAGGACGGAGAAAUUCGAUACUCUACUCCCCCUGGAAGUCCAACGGCAGAUUACAGCUCAAGCGGUUGAUCCCCUUGCGACUGAGGAAGAUACCCUGUUUUGGACAUUAAGCUCAAAUGGGAGAUUCUCUACGAGAAGCGCGUAUCACAUGCAGCAUAGGUUCCCCAGCGACGAUCAUCAGUGGUGGAAGACGAAUUGGCAGCUUGCUGUUCCUGAACGUGUCCGGUGUUUUGCGUGGCUGCUGGCUCAGGGAUGGAUCAUCUCGAAUGAGCUAAGGGGACAACGACACCUGACUCAAGACACUUCUUGCUACAGGUGUGUCAACUAGACAGAAACUCUCUUACAUCUUUUCAGGGAUUGCCCGCCGGCUGCUUACCUGUGGAGUCGCAUGAUUGAGCAGACAUCCUAGCUUGAGUUCUUUAGCGGUCAGUGGGAUGAGUGGUUUAGGAAGAAUUUAACUAGGGAUGAACCCCUGGAUGCCGAACUGCCUUGGAAUGUCUUCUUCAUCAUUGCUCUAUGGUGCAUUUGGAAGAACCGAAAUUAUGGAUCAUUCAAUGGGGUAAUUAAGACCUUGUCCGCCCCGUCUCUGCUCCAGUCUAUUCGGAUUAAGGCGGACCUCUGGUUCCGAGCUUGGAAUUCCCCAAGCUUACUAAUCGGCAGAAAGAGUAGCCCUCCUAACCGAGCUAAUACCCAGAUCGGGUGGAAGGCUCCUCCUGCAGGGUGGUGAAAGCUGAAUGUAGUUGGCGCGGCAAGCCAAACGCAUGGAACCGCGGGGGCAGGCGGUGUUUUGAGGGAUAACAAUAGCGAGUGGGUUGGCGGUUUUGUCACAAGCCUGGGCUCUUGCCCUGCUGCCAUGGCUUAGCUUUGGGCCAUCUAUCAUGGCCUCAGGCUAGCUUGGAACAGUGGAUGCCGAAUCCUCAUAGUGGAGACGGACUCUCAAGUGGCAAUACAGCUGGUAAAACACAGAACAGAUCCUCUACAUCCCUAUGCUACACUUCUCACGGCUAUUAGACGGAAGAUCGCUCAAGAUUGGGUGGUGAAUCUAGUUCAUACAUACAGGGAAGGGAAUAGAGUCGCGGACUGGCUCUCGAAGCAUAGUCUCGUCUAUCCCUACGGUAUGUAUGAGCUAGAGACACCACCAGAGGAGCUUCAGCCUUUUUUGCAGGAAGAUCAACAAGGCCUCACCUACACUAGAAAUGUGGUGGUUUCGAACUCUCCUACUCCUGCCUAGUCUAUAUCCCCCCCUGUAAUUCUCUUCCUUCUUUGGCUUGAUGCCUCCAUUAAUGCAAAAAAAAAAAAACUAUUUGUUAGAUCUAUUUAAUUGAUUUAUUUGUUUUUCUAUGAAAGGGAACUUGUAACACUGUAUCCUGUAUUCUUGUUCCUAAUAUUUCCCUUGACCAAUUUAUGCUUGGUUUACCUACAAUCUUUAUAUGAAGCGCAUAGAAAAUGAAGUUGUAUUUAAAACUUGUCUUGUCUAAGACCUUUGCUUGCAAAAUCUUUAUGAAUUCCCUCAUUUUAAUUGGAAAUAUUUAUGGAGAGUCAGUUCCGCUACCCACCUCUUAGCCAUUCGGCCGAUAUUACUCAUCCAUCUCGCUCUAGUGAUGUCGUUCUAGUCCUGUGAGGAAAAAAUAUUGACGGGGUGAGACAUCACUCAAUGAGUAUAUAAUAACCUAAUAUAAAUAUUCAUACGAAAAUGAUAUCAGGAUGUUGUGACCCAGAGCAUCUUUCGUCCAUUAUAUUCGAUGUAUAUCUAAAUUCUAAUCACUUAAUGACUUUACUUAUGUCUCACCUAUGUACGCUCAUACGAAAUUUCUUCCCUCGUUCACUCGAGCUUUUACAUAUAUGUCAUACAUGGAUUGUUUACCACCUUUACUCUACCCUAGGGUUGAAAAUUGGCCUGCCCCGCCCCUGACUCUGUCUGACCCGCCCCUAAAGGGUCAAGAUAUAUAACUGACCCGCCCCUAUUUCUUUCAUGACCCUGUCUGACCCUUUAGGGUCGGGGCGGGUCAGGAAGUGUCGGGUCGGUGGAUUGACCCUAAUAAAUACACUACUUUUCUAAAU